CGAAAGUACCACAAAUAUACUGUAAGUAAAACCACCUUCCCGCACUAACUCCAGGUCGCCAACCGCGAACAGUGCAAUUGAUACAAGCCCAGCCGGUUUUCAAGCCGGUGGAGAACUUCGAAGCACCCACAUUGGAGACCAGAUGCUCUGCCUACUCGCCCAACGGAACGCUUUUUGCAUACACACAGCCGAGCUGUGUGACCAUCUGCGAGGCCGAUACGGGACGCGUGCUUUUUACCAUUCCUGUUGGAGACGUGUUUGACUUCCAGUUCUCACCCAAAGGGACGUUUUUGACCACCUGGUCCAAACCAACAAAGUUGGACGAUGAGUCCGGGAACUGGGCCAACAACGUCACCAUCUGGAAAUUGGACCUGGCCAGCAGCGCUGGGGUGUCCAUUCAGUCGUAUCUGAAUAAGAGCCAGUCGGGCUGGAAGGCCCAAUUCACAAGCGACGAGUCGAUUUUCUGCCGGAUGAUCAACAUGCACCAGAUCGACUUUUUCAAGUCGCAUGAGCCAGGCCAGAAAGCCAUCUACUCGAUCAACGUCAAGGACCUUGGCCAAAUUCAGUCAUUCAAGAUGUCACCGGGCAAAAACCCGUCUCUGGCGCUGUUUGUACCGGGAUCCAAGGGUAAGCAGUCGUACAUCCAGGUGUACUCUCUGCCCAACGUCAAGACUCCAACUUCCCAGAAACAGUUUUUCAACGGCGAGUCGUGUCAGUUCACCUGGAACGAUCUCGGUACCUCCAUUCUUGCCCUGGUCAGCACCGAUGUGGACUCGUCCAACAAGUCCUACUAUGGCCAGACCACGCUGUAUUUAUUGGGCAUCUCGGGAGCCUUCGACCAGCGGAUCGCUCUGGACAAGGAGGGACCGAUCCACGACAUCACGUGGUCGCCCACGAGCCGUGAGUUUGCCGUGAUCUACGGCUACAUGCCGUCGCAGACGACGUUUUUCGACGCCAGAGGAAAUGCCAUCCACUCUCUGCCGCAAAACUCGUCCAACACCAUCUUGUUCUCUCCACACGCCAAAUUCAUCCUGGUGGCAGGAUUUGGCAACCUGCAAGGCAACGUCGACAUUCUAGAUAGACAGAACAAGUUUGCCAAGGUGGCCUCCUUCAAGGCCUCCAACACCUCGGUUUGCAAGUGGUCACCAGAUGGCCGCUACAUUCUGACGGCCACCACGUCUCCGCGACUGCGUGUCGACAACUGCGUCAAGAUCUGGUACGCGAAUGGCUCGCUGUGCUACGUCAAGGAGUUUCCAGAGUUGUACAGUGUCGACUGGAGGUUCCAGCCGCUGAGCGACUUCCCGCCUAUCAAAGGCCUGGACGAGUGCUGCACGCCAGACAUUUCUGCCGUCGAGUAUCUAGCCAAGAGGGCUAAGAUCUCGUCUGCAGCAGAUAAGCCUGCUGGUGCGUACAGACCGCCUCACGCUAGAAACCAGCCGUCCGAGCCGGUGAGAACGUUGGCGCAGAGAGAAGCGUUGCAACGCAAAAAACAAGUGCCGGGGGCAGUUCCUGCGAAAAAGGCGAUUCCGGGCGCAGUGGAGCCUGCAAAGCCGCAGAAACAGCAACAGCAGAAGAAGAAGAAAGGCGAGGAGAAGUCCCAGCCGCAGAAACAGGAGGCCGAGGCCGGAGUCAUUGGCGGAGUCAUCUCGUACGAGGAGAAGAAAAUUAGAAACCUGCUGAAAAAAUUGCGUGCCAUCGAACAGCUCAAAGUGAAGAAGGAGAACGGAGAAUUUCUGGAAGACACUCAGGUGCUCAAGAUCCAGACAGAGCCCCAGGUCCGCAAGGAACUGGCUUCUCUAGGCUGGUCUGAAUAAUUGGAAAACAUCUGUCAAUCCUAGAUCGGGCAUGCCGUGUUUUUUAGCUACUACAUUUAAUUAGAUAUCAAGUAAUUUGGGGGUUAUAUUUAAUCUCAUGGUUUCCUCCACCAAUGGCGACUCUGUGCUUCUGCAGAAUCCCAAGGUCCUCAAUGCGAUCGCCACCGGCUAUGAGUAUUCCAAUUCGAUCCCGCUCAAGGUCUGGCUCCGAUCCGCCUCCACCAUGCUUAAACAUGCCCGUUAUUACGCCACAGACGGAAACGUCUCGGAAACGUACGUGCUUUACCUCCGAUUUGUCGAUCUGCUUGCAAACAGGCUCUACAAGCAUCCGGAAUUGCGCGGCUGGAGACAGCAGAAGGACGGCGCCGCCAAUUACCAGCUGUACCAGAAGUUGUGCAGCAAAAUGCCCGAGAUCAUGAGUGAGGCAGAACGCAUACGAAAAAUCCUGGACGAAAGAUACGCCAGGCAGCAGAAAAAACAGGAACGAGCAAUCCAACGCCGUUCUCCUGCCACAAAACCCAAGACAGCGUCCGUCGCCGCUCCGGUGACUCCCGAACCCCAGCCUGAGCUCGACGCAAGCUUGGCUACAAAACUACGUUCGCUCUCCUCCAGCAGCGCCAAUAGCCCCCAAAUCAAACUGGAGAUAUCGUAUCCAAACGAAAUUGCGUUAGAGAGCCCGAAAUCAGAACCAGUUGCUCAGAAUGAGCCGGCUCCAACAGUUCUCCAUAAAACUGUCAAUUUCACCGAAGGAGGAUCUCCGCUGAGAACCGUGUUUUUGCCCCCAAAAUUAGUGGACGAGUUCCUUGCCAUCGCCAGAAGGAACACGUCGAAGAAACUCGAAACCUGUGGAAUAUUGUGCGGGAAACUUAAUAGAAAC